ACACGAAGAAAGAAAAGAAAGAAGACGGGAAACAAAGAAAAGAUACUGAGGGAAGGAAGAAGAGGGAGGAGAGAAGGGGAAGUGGUUGCCGACAAAGGGUCUCCACCAUUGCUGGACCGCCGACUAGUCUGGGAGGAGAGAGAGAAAAUCGCAGAGAGAGAGAAACAGAGCAACGAAGGAAGGAGAAGAAUCGAAGGAGAAAUAGGGGACGGGGAGGGCGACGACCGACGACCCCAUUACCGUCGUCGCUGAAUCGCUGGCCAUCUGCAGCCUGAAGUGUGAUGAUGGAUGGAAAUCAAAUCAAUGAGGGAUAUGGUUUCCGCUGGGAGUCACAGCCAAUUCUUAAUUCGCAGCAUGUGCGCGGUAGUUGUGAAGGGUCACUGGUGCACUCUCUUGAAGUCGAAGAAUGGCACUUCUUGUUCAGCUCUCACUCCUACGCCCGUUCAUAACGUCCUCCUGCAGCUCUCACUCCAUGGUUAUGGGCCCACACAUUCCUUCCCUUUCUUCAAGUGGGUCCAGUCAAUCCCAAACUAUACCCACUCCUUGCACUGCUCGUGGGCCAUGGUUCACAUUCUUGCCAAGCACAAGCACUUCAGAGAUGCACAACACUUGCUCGAGAAAAUUUCCCAGAGGGAUUUCCUCUCCUCGCCUUCGGUUUUGAUGUCUCUCAUCAGGUCCCAUGAGGACACGGAGGUAAAUUCACAAGUGCUGAGCUGGCUUGUAAUAAUUUAUGCAAGGUCGAAACCAGCCCUGCAGGAUGCUGUUCAGGUUUUUGAGUAUAUGAGGGUUUCUGGGCUUAAGCCACACUUGCAUGCCUGCACUGUGCUGUUGAAUUCUUUGGUUAAAGAUGGGGUUGUUAACUUGGUGUGGAAGGUUUACAAGGGAAUGGUUCAAGUAGGGCUUUUCAGUAAUGUUUAUAUCUACAAUUGCUUGAUUCAUGCUUGUUCAAGGUCACGUGACAUAGAGCGUGCAGAGAAGUUGUUGAACGAGAUGGAGGAAAAGGGUGUAGUUCCUGAUAUCUUCACUUACAAUACUUUGAUUUCAUUGUAUUGCAAGAAGGGUAUGCACUAUGAGGCUUUAACAGUACUUGAUAGAAUGGAAAGAGAAGGGAUAGGUCUUGACAUUGUUAGUUACAAUUCUCUUAUCCAUGGUUUUUGUAAAGAAGGUAGGAUGAGGGAAGCUAUGAGGAUGUUUAGUGAGAUGAAGAACAAUGUGACUCCGAAUCAAGUGACUUAUACUACAUUGAUUGAUGGGUAUUCUAAGGUGAAUGAGCUCGGGCAAGCUUUGAAGUUGCACAAGUUGAUGCAGGCUGAGGGGUUGGACCCUGGAGUUGUCACUUAUAACUCGAUUCUGCGCAAGCUAUGUCAGGAUGGCAGGAUAAGGGACGCAAACAAAUUGUUGACUGAGAUGAGCGAAAGGAAACUCCAAGCUGAUAAUAUCACAUGUAACACGUUGAUUAAUGCUUACUGCAAGAUAGGAGAUUUGAAAUCUGCUCUGAAGUUCAAGAAUAAGAUGUUGGAAGCUGGGCUGAAGCCUGAUCCAUUUACAUACAAGGCACUGAUACACGGGUUCUGCAGGGUAAAUGAACUGGAAAGUGCAAAGGAGCAUCUUUUUGGCAUGCUUGAUGCUGGAAUUUCACCAAAUUACUCUACGUACUCAUGGAUUGUGGAUGGACUUUGCAAGAAGAACAACAUGGAUGCAGUUCUAGCACUGCCAGAUGAGUUUUUAAGCAGAGGCCUUUGCCUUGAUGUUUCAGUAUAUAGGGCACUGAUUAGAAGGUUAUGCAAACUAGAAAAGAUUGCAUGUGCUGAGAAGUUAUUGAAUCAUAUGGAAGGAAAAGGUAUAUCAGCUGAUAGCGUUAUUUACACUAGUAUCGCCUAUGCUUACUGGAAAGCAGGGAAUACAAAUGCUGCAUCAAAUGUGUUAGUUGAGAUGGCUAGGAAGAGGUUGAUGAUAACAAUCAAACUCUAUAGAUGUAUUAGGGGUGCUGAUGAUAAUAGUGAAAGCAAAGUGUUACAGAUAUUCUGGGAUCAUGUAGUGGAUUUAGGUCUGAUGUCAAGAAAUACAAUGAAUAAGAUACAACAGAUGGCAAUAUGAUAAUAAAUUCGUCUUAUUUUCAGUUGAUUGCAA